UGCUAACUGGCCGCCAUCACAAUUUUACGAUAUCUGGGCACCAAAUAACAUGGUUAUUUCUCGCAAAGUAAAAAGAACUACGCAUCUACUUUUAUAAUUCAAGUCAAGGUUGUAAAAAUGAAUACUUAAACUAGGUCUAGAGCGGGAAAUUCCCGCCACGAGGAGUAAAAUUUGGCGAAAUUUCGAGCGACAUUUGGGACCUUUGGUUCGACGAAGAGACUGAACGCGGGUGUGUGGUAUCAACGCGGUAAAAGUUUUGCCUGUGCAACCACUGUGGAUUUUGAAUAUGAUAGUUGUUUUGUAGAACAAAAAUGAAGAUAGACAGGAGCAAAUUGAGAAAAGCUCAAUCAGAACUGCCUGUAAAUUGCCAGCAGCUAAUUCAUAAAUUAAAGGAAGCAAAUAAUGAAGAAAUAGCGGAAAUUUUAAAAGGAAUUCAGACCUGGCACUUUGGAAAAUGUGAACUGUUUCACUGGAUAGAUGUGUUAGAUAAAUUUGAUGCAAUAUUGGCUGAUGUUUCAAAACAUGCUGAAGGAAGUGAUUGGGUCUUGGUUUAUGAUCAACUUCAUUUUAAAGAUAAGGAGCAGGUAUUCUUAUUUUAG